AUAAUGGGAGUAGCAAAAUUUGUUAUUGUUUCUCUUGCUAUCAUUGCUUUGAUUUUGAUGCCUACCGUCAGGGCAGAUUUUGAAACACAAAGAGCAGUUGAUCCAUUUUGCUACCAGACUUGCUCAGGAUCCUAUUCCAACACAGAAUGUUUAGCAGAUUGCAUUGCUAAAAAGUUCAAAUUUGGUAAAUGUCUUACAGGCCAACGCUCCGGAAAACUUCCGGUCUGUUGUUGUAGUCCUUGAUGGAAGCUCGUUCGUUCGAGUUUAAUUUUUUUUUGAAUUAAGUUUUGAUUAUUGUUCUACAUCUAUUUGUUCCGGGAGAAUAAUAAAUUUAAACUAGCUACUUGUGGUUUGGAAUGUUCUUCUUGUUAGUUGUUAGUGUCAUUG